AUGUUACAUCAGCAAGAACAUCGUAAGGCGAGGAUAACAAUCGAAAUAUGCGCAACGAAGACGCGAGAGGAGCAUACGGUUAUCACCACUAAGAGAUUCUUUGAUGAAAGGAAAGAGCAACAAAACGUACCAGAAUUCGAUAGUAAUGAUGAAGAUAUUGAAAACAAUCCUUUUUUAGUAUCGGGUGAAAAAUCGUCAACUGUUUCUUUCCAAGAUCAGUUCUCUCCUUUUCUAGGUGAAAAAUCAUCUAAUGGCGAAUCUGAGGAUGAUGAAAUAGCGAAAGAAGUGGAACAUAUCGAUGGCGAUCAGUCUUCAGGUACUAAUUAUAACGAUCCAAGAGAUGUUUCACCAUCUUUGAUUUCUAUUAUGGAAGCAUAUUGUAAAAAAGAAAACAUUUUGCAUAUGCGUGCAAUUUUCCAUAUAGUUUCUUAA